AGAUACUCACUAUAGAUCCGAUUCAGCCUCCUUCCCGCCUUCACCUUGAUUCCCAUGUCUUCAUGGCGCCAUCUACCAGAGUCCCGCAGCGGCUUAGAUGUUAGCUCAAAGGAUCUUCUCAUGGUGAGACAUACCCAAGUGCUGUGGACAUUCGUUCAUGGGAUUCCUUCUGGAUGACGGGUCUAUGGAGCAUAGGAGUUGAAUCGAUGUAUAGCUCUAAGGUAAUUGCAAGCGAAGAUGGCUUCAAGGUGAGAGAGAAAGUAAUAUAUAAACCAUCGAGAUAUCCCGAGUAAAGGGAAUUAAAAUACUCAUCACAACACACACAGCUUCACAACAACAACUUCUUCUUCAUCUUCAACAAUCUUCAGAGUUUACUCUCAAAACAUCACCAGUCACCAAUAACUACUUCUUCUCAUCCAACUUCCAAACUUCCAUCUUUCUCACCAACCACCCACCAACCAAAACCAUCAAAAUGUUCAGCAUCAAGGUCAUCCUCUUCGCCUUCCUCCUCCUCGCCGCCGAUGCGCUAGCCGCCCGCAUCAACUACAGCGCCAAGUACACGGACGGCAAGAAAAUCGCCCGUACCACUAAGAACGCCGAGGUUGCCGACAACCUCUCCAACUCCAUCCUACACGGAAUGGCCACCUGGUCCGGUGGUGCCUACCAAGCUGCUCUUUCCAAGUACGGCUUCAUCCAGAUCACCAACACCCAUGUGGCCGCAUCCAAGGGCGCUGCCAGCGCCCAGGUCCAGCAGAUGCAGACCCUCAUCCACCAGCACGCCCAAUAAGCUGCUUCCCACUCUUAAAAACCUACCCCUAUCGGAACUGGCAAAAGCGUGAAGGAAAAGAUGGAUCUUUGGUAGCUUCUAGUCGUGGCAUGGAGAGCUCUACCGCGUGGAGUUUCAGCUCGGCCGACUUUCAGCGGGUUUCAUUCGUUUGACAUCAUUACUUUCGACUUCAAAAUGUAUAUAUAUGCAUGCAUCUUGGUUACGGACUCAUUUUUGGAUUUCAUUAGAUCUCUGGUUUAGAAAAAUUAGCAUGGU